UGGCCACUAAUUGUGUCUUCUAAUUUUGUAGGUGCCAAACUUGAGACACCUGGAGCUAGAGUUGCAGAAUUUCUGAGGGUUCACAACUGCAACUGAAGUCAGUAGAAGCUUUCCUCUGAAUGUAUAAAAUGCUAGGUGCUCUGAAAAGUCAGUCUAUAGGCAACUCAUAUUCUACACCCCAAGGCUAUUGAAAAAUUUCCGGUAAUGCUGAGGGAACUCAACAUGAUCCCUUAAGAAAUCUGUUAAAACUGAAGAUCGCAAGAUGCUGUUACAAAGAAAAUCUUUUUAGUGAAGAUUUUUAAUUGAUAUAAGCAGUUCUCACAAAUCAAAGCUCUUUAAAUCAGCAACUUACAAGGAGGAAGGAGAUGUGACCCUGAGUAUGUUUUAGAGCAAAGGGGACCAGACAAGAGGUUAACACAAAGUCAAUAGUAGAGAGAAGUCAAGGUUUUGGAAAUGGAGUGGGGAGGUGAAUAUUCUCUUGAUUCUUCCAACUUAGAUUGUUUAUUAAACAUUCUUCCUGGGGACCUGGAGUUUCAACAAAUCCUCAGUGACAUUGAUGAGAAAAUAAAGAAAAAUUCUGCUAGCAUGGAACAAUGCCUUAAGGAUCUACAGUCAGAAGUAAAUGAGACUUGUACUGAUGAGCUGUUACAAAACACAACUGACUGCCUUCAUUGGCUGAAUAACUGCUGUUUCAGUUCCCUCAAACCGUAUUCUACGCCUCAAGGAGAAUUGAUUGAAUUUCUUAAAACCUUGCAAAGCUUGCUGAGGAAUGAACAAAACCAAGAAGAAAUGAUACUUCACUUUCUUCUGGAUCUCUCCAGUCAGUGUGGAGUCUCAUUUCCAUGUACUCCAAGUGGAACAUCUUUUGAAUUAACAUCCAGAGCUUCCCUUCAUGCCAUUGAGGAUGAUUCAUCUAUGAACAUCAAAUCUGUUUGGGAUGAUGUGAGAUUACACCUUCGACGAUUCUUAGUAAAUACACUUCAGAGUCCUCAUGAAACAAAUACUGUUACUUUAAAACAUCAAAUACAGUUUAAAACUCAAUGCAUACAGCAACUUUUGUUUCUAUAUCCAGAAUCAGAAGUUCUAACUAAGUACCAAAACAUACAGAAUAAAUUGGUUUCUGAGCUUCUGCAGAACUGUGUUCUAUCUAGCUGUGGUGAAACAAACUUUGAUAAGGUGGUGCAUGGUUACCAAAGUUCAAUACCUACACUAUGCACAAUGAUAAAAGAGGAUUUGUAUAUACUAAGUGGUACUAUAGAUCCUUCCUCAACACUGAUGUUUAUUAAUGAAGCUUAUCUGGAUACCAUCACAGAAGAAAUAACAAUUCUUCUUGAAAGACUUUGUGAACUGCAGUUCAAAGAAAAUGCGCUACAUAUAAUUAAGACAAGCAAGAUUUCAAAGAAGCAUAGAAGAACAGUUCAUGCUUUGGCUACCCAAGAAUACCUCAGAAAAGGAAGGAACUUCUGUUUAACAUUGUAUCAACUCAAAUGUCUUUCUCAGCUUAUACAACUCUUUUUGUCGAUGGAAAAAAGAAUUGAAGAACUUUCUGCAGAAAUUCUCUCAUUGCCUUGUUUCACUGAAAAGAACAAAACUGUUCAAGGAGUUCUGAAGAAAGCUAGUGGGGAGCUUUUAAUAGGGGAAACUAGAGCAAAUGAAACCAGUGUGCUUCCUGAACAGUUACUUCAGGUAAAAGAGACUAAUUUAUUGGAUUUUAGCUGGAGGAAUGCAUUUAAUGGCCUGUCUUCUUCUGUGGCACACUGUAUAACAAUAGCAAUUGAAGAUUUUUCAACUAAAAUUCUUCAGCACGAGCAGAAAGAACAGUCUUCAGCUACAGUCUAUACAAUGAGCCUAAUAAACAUCCAGCAAAUGAAGGAGUCCUGGGGAACAGUACACAAGGAAGAACAACCAAAACAAAUUGCAAAGUUUUGUUCUGACAUUAUGGAAGAACUCGACACAGUGCUUCCACUGGCUCUGGCAUGCAGAGAUGAUUCUCUUCAGGAAAUUAGAGAAAACUUUGUAGAGGUCUGCUGUAAAGUAGCAACAGCUGUUCUGCAAAGAUUGGAGGAGAGAAGCAAAGAAGUUCCCUCUGAAGCUCCACUGCAAAACUUGUAUGCUGUUCUCUCCACAGCAAUAUAUGUCUUUCAACAUUUUAUGAUGUAUGAUAAUUUAAUGAGAGAGACCAGCAAAAAGCCCCUUUUCCUAGUGCCUGUCCAGGGAUAUCAGGAAUUCAUCAGCGUUCUCCAGUUUCAAGUUACCAACUACUGCAUCAGAGUUUGUGCUACAAGUAUUUUACAGGAUGCUGAGAGCCACCACUGGGAUGACUACAAAGCUUUUUAUGAGGGGGAAAGAUGCUCAUUCUCUGUCCAGAUGUGGCAUUAUUUCUGCUGUGCUCUCCAUCAUGAUCUGUGGACUAUUCUACCCCCCAAGUUAGCCCAGGAGAUUCUAAAAGAAGUGCUGGAGAAAUCUUUGGCUGUGCUGGCCUGCAGAUAUUCUCAGGCCCAUCCCAGUUACAAGAGAACUCCACAGAUAAGAAUUGAUAUCUCAGCGAUUUUAAUAUCUACUGAAAAUAUGCUGUGGUCAACUUGCAGCUCAGUGCAGGAACUUUUGAAUCCACAUAAAGAGAAAGACACCAAGAUCUAUAAAAUACAUGACUACUGCAACAGUCUGCUCUCUGCACUUGCUAUUUUAACUGCACCUUUGAAGAAUCUUUAUGAGACAUUUCAGAAUGGUUUUGGUGAGCUUCCAUCAGAUUUCUCCAAACCAAGUAUCAGUCACCCGCUAUACUGGCUAUCUUGCAUAACACCAUUUUGUCCAUCUUUACUUAUGAUUCCAUCAACCGGAGAAAUGGCAGCCCAGGGUCAACUGAAACUGCUCUUAUCCCAACCGUAUUGUAAUUGGAACUUACUUUUGGAAACACUGCUACAUCAGGAUUGCCUCUUAGCGAAAAUUUUACUAAGAUGUUCAAAAACUGAAGUAUCAAAAUAUGAUGAACAAAGUUCCUGCAUAAAACAGAUAAAUAACAAAGAGGCCAGUUUGACUGAAGCAAUCUUUACAGUGUUGUCUUACUGCACUUUAUCACCCAAAUCCCUUGGUAGUGUUCUUGAGAGCUACAUGGAAAAAGAGCAACUGUGGGAUUGCUUAUACAAUAUGUCAGUGUCUAGUUGUGGUGAACCAGAGCCAGAGGUUAUCAGAUGUUUGAAGAUGACUUUGAUUAAUUCAGUCAAGGGUAUAGUGAAGCAGAUAAUUUCUUUGAUGCAUUCAUGGGAAGCAACAGAAAACUAUGGAACCUAUCAACACAAGCAAAUAGUUCCUGAAAGUUUGCUGAAGACCAUUCCAAAGGAGUGGAAUUAUACACCUAGAGAAAUGAAGAGAAAAGAAUCUGGGAAAUGCUUCACAAGACUUGCAGCUGAAGCUGUAUCUAUUGUAAUCAGCAAGUUACCUACCGUGAUUGCAUGUUUGCCUCCCCCAAUUAAAUACUUCUUUUUUCUGUCUGAGAAGAAAAUGUCAAAAAACUUUGUUGAAUCAAAGAAAGCUGGUCUGCUUGUCUGGAACUUGAUUGUAAUUAUAUGUCGGAUCUUUGAGGAUGGAAACACAGCAGAACUUUUAACAGGUGCAACGCUUGACAGAUGGAGCAAAGAGAAACUGAAUUUAGUUCGUGUGUGUUUGGAAAGUAUUGUGGGAAAACAGAAAAGUAGUCCUAAACAAGUAACGCAGAAGGUUAUACAGAGUAUAGAACAACAAAGACCAAAUUGGAUUGAAAGCCAGUUGUUGAAAGCAAGAAAAUUGAGCACUGACUGUGCCUUUAUUUCAGUAGAAGAAGGUGCAGUGUUAGAGAAGGAAGGUAUUGCAUUUGAAUUGACUACGGAGAAAAUAAACAUGAUGGUCCUGGAUAUCUGCCACAAACCAGGUGGCAGCGAGUACCUGAGGCAAAUUUAUCACAUCAUCCGGCUCAAUGAGGGGAUUUUGAAAGAGCUGUUGUCUUGUGAGAAUUCUGAAGAGGAUGUAAUACCUAUUAAACAUUCAAAUUUGACAUUGAGGAGCGAAGAAGAGCAGCCUAUUUUCAACCCUCUCCAGGUGCACCGCCAAUAUUGUACAAAUGUGUUUGAUCAGUCAGCCAUUACUGAGUGGAACUGGGAUUGGUCAAGCUUGCUGCCAAGUUAUCUGGGAUUGAAUCAAAUGACCUUCAGGGCACUGCUGGCACACAGAAUCUCUACUACUGCUUACAACUGCCCUCAGUUAAAAUGAAGCAGCUGAGACUGGCUCUUAUUCUGUCCUGGUUGCUGAUUUCAUCAUUAUGAGCCAAAGGCAGUGUGAUUUGUGUGAUUUACAGGUGGGUUUGUGUGAUUUACAGGUGGAACUUGGUCUGUAAAGCCAUUCCAACUUCCCCUUGACUUCUAAUUUAAUUAGUUAUCCUCGUGUCCUUGCAUGAUGGGUAUAAAUGGGAACACCUGAUUUACCAUCUCUACACUACCCAUUACUGUAUAUACCUCUCCCAUGUCAUCGAUUCUUUGUCUCCUUUUUAAACUGAAUUGUUAGAAUCUUUAUCAUUGCUCCUAUUUUGGAAGUCUUUCCAUUCAUUGACCUUCUCUGGAUUCUUCCAGUUUUUGCUGUGUCUUUAUUGAGAUGACAGGAACUAAACUGAACACAUUAUUUAAAAUGAGACCACUAUACUAUUUACAGUAUUAUAGUCUAUCAUGUUCUUUAACAAAUUGUAACAUUUUAAUUCCUUUAUCAGCUGCUGCUAUACAAUGAGGAUACAUGUUUUCAUC